UUCGACAAGAGAAGAAAUUUCCCAGGGGGGAUCUUCGAGUAUGUGGACGGCCCCAACGCCCAGGUGAUGAACGCCGAGGAGCAAGCCUUCAGGUUUUCUGCCAACAUCAUUAAUAGAAAUAGGACUCUGCUGCCCAACACAACGCUAACGUAUGACAUUCAGAGGAUACACUUCCACGACAGUUUUGAAGCCACUAAGAAAGCCUGUGACCAGCUCGCUCUUGGGGUGGUAGCAAUAUUUGGGCCUUCUCAAGGCUCCUGUACCAAUGCCGUUCAGUCCAUUUGCAAUGCACUGGAAGUCCCCCACAUACAACUCCGGUGGAAGCAUCACCCGUUGGAUAACAAGGACACUUUCUAUGUCAACCUUUACCCUGACUAUGCUUCUCUGAGCCAUGCCAUUCUGGACCUCGUACAGUAUUUGAAAUGGAGGGACUGUCCUAGCGCACCCCUCGCGGAGAAAACCCACGCCAUGUCCUGCAGUUGGUCCGCAAAGAAAGGGCUCAUCCGGCUGCAGGAGCUCAUCAUGGCCCCGUCGCGGUACAACAUCCGGCUCAAGAUCCGCCAGCUGCCCCUGGACACGGAGGACGCGCGGCCGCUGCUCAAGGAGAUGAAGCGGGGCAGGGAGUUUCGCAUCAUCUUCGACUGCAGCCACCUCAUGGCCGCGCAGAUCCUCAAGCAGGCCAUGGCCAUGGGGAUGAUGACGGAGUACUACCACUUCAUCUUCACGACGCUGGAUCUUUAUGCAUUAGACCUAGAACCAUACCGCUACUCCGGAGUGAACCUGACCGGCUUCCGCAUCCUCAAUGUGGAGAACCCCUACGUGUCCUCCAUCAUUGAGAAGUGGUCCAUGGAGCGCCUGCAGUCAGUGCCCAAGGCCGAGACGGGACUGCUGGACGGGGUGAUGAUGACAGAUGCUGCCCUGUUGUACGACGCGGUCCACAUCGUCUCGGUGUGCUACCAGCGCGCCCCGCAGAUGACCGUCAACUCCCUGCAGUGCCAUCGACACAAGGCCUGGAGGUUCGGCGGGCGCUUCAUGAAUUUUAUAAAAGAGGCCCAGUGGGAAGGAUUAACUGGACGGAUCGUCUUCAACAAAACCAGCGGGUUAAGGACCGACUUUGACUUGGAUGUCGUCAGCCUCAAAGAAGACGGCCUGGAAAAGGUCGGAGUGUGGAACCCGUCCGAGGGCCUGAAUAUCACAGAGAUCUCCAAGGGACAAGGGCCCAACGUCACCGACUCGCUGACCAACCGGUCUCUAAUUGUCACCACCAUCCUGGAGGAGCCCUUCGUCAUGUUCAGGAAGUCAGACACGGCCCUUUUUGGGGUAGACCGCUUCGAAGGUUACUGCAUCGACCUGCUGAGGGAGCUGGCCAACAUCCUGGGCUUCACCUACGACAUCCGGCUCGUGGAGGACGGGAAGUACGGGGCGCAGGACGAGAAGGGCCAGUGGAACGGCAUGGUCAGGGAGCUCAUUGACCACAAAGCGGACUUGGCUGUUGCUCCUCUCACCAUCACGCACGUGCGGGAGAAAGCGAUUGACUUCUCCAAGCCCUUCAUGACCCUGGGGGUCAGCAUCCUGUACCGGAAGCCCAACGGGACCAACCCCAGUGUGUUUUCCUUCCUCAACCCCUUGUCUCCCGACAUUUGGAUGUACAUCCUCCUCGCCUACCUGGGGGUCAGCUGCGUGCUGUUUGUCAUAGCCAGGUUCAGCCCGUACGAGUGGUACGACGCUCACCCCUGCAACCCGGGGUCCGACAUCGUGGAGAACAACUUCACGCUGCUGAACAGCUUCUGGUUCGGGAUGGGAGCCUUAAUGCAGCAAGGGUCUGAGCUGAUGCCCAAAGCGCUGUCCACGCGGAUCAUCGGCGGUAUCUGGUGGUUCUUCACGCUGAUCAUCAUCUCUUCCUACACGGCCAACCUGGCCGCCUUCCUGACCGUGGAGAGGAUGGAGUCUCCCAUCGACUCUGCCGACGAUCUGGCAAAGCAGACGAAGAUCGAGUACGGCGCUGUGAAGGAUGGAGCUACGAUGACCUUCUUCAAGAAAUCCAAGAUCUCCACGUUUGAAAAAAUGUGGGCUUUCAUGAGCAGCAAGCCGUCCGCCCUCGUUAAAAAUAACGAGGAAGGAAUCCAGAGAACCCUCACGGCUGAUUAUGCCCUGCUAAUGGAGUCGACCACGAUUGAAUAUAUCACACAAAGGAAUUGCAACCUGACCCAGAUUGGCGGGCUAAUUGAUUCCAAGGGCUACGGCAUAGGAACUCCCAUGGGUUCGCCGUACCGGGACAAGAUCACCAUCGCCAUCCUGCAGCUCCAGGAGGAAGACAAGCUGCACAUCUUGAAAGAGAAGUGGUGGCGAGGGAACGGCUGCCCGGAGGAGGAGAACAAGGAGGCCAGCGCCCUGGGGAUACACAACAUCGGGGGGAUUUUCAUCGUCCUCGCGGCCGGCCUGGUGCUCUCCGUCUUCGUGGCCAUGGUCGAGUUUCUCUACAAGCUGCGCAAAACGGCAGAGCGUGAGCAGCGCUCCUUCUGCAGCGCCAUGGCGGACGAGAUCCGGCUCUCGCUCACCUGCCAGCGGAGGGUCAAACACAAACCCCAGCCCCCCGUCAUGGUGAAGACUGACGCGGUGAUCAACAUGCACACGUUCAAUGACCGGCGGCUACCGGGCAAGGACAACCUGGCGUGCAACACCGGAUUGACGCCUGUGUUCCCGUAGGGCUCGGGGAGCCGGGACGGGACGCCCCCUCGACGAGGGGAGAAGGGAUACAAGUACAUUCACAACAAGCCUGGUUUGGUUCAGUUUCAAGAACAAGGCCUUUAAGACACAACUCCAUCAGUCACCGGACUAGGGACGGGAACUGCAACGCAUGGGCUGUAACCGGAGCGGGGGUGUUGGGGGGCUCUGGUUUUGCUUGGGGGGCAGUUUGGGGGUUUGGCUUCAUUUUCUUUUCUUAGAAAAGGCUUUGGCCCUACACGCCUCAUGGAGACCAAACCCUGAUGUUUGCACACACGAAGGCGAGCGGGAAUCAAGCCAAACGGACCCGCAGUGGAUAACGAGGACCCCCCUCCCACAAACCCAAGGCUUCCUUUAGCAUGGCAAUAAAAAAGACCCGUUUUUGUUCGUGCCGGCGUGGAACGACGGACCGUCCGCGGGAGCACCCGUUCCAAGCAGACACACAGCACACGGCAUGUCCAGGAAGAGGAAAAGAAGAAGAACCGGCGGUCAAAGCCGCCCCCUUCUCUCAGCGCCGCUCGCCGUGACCCCUUACCUCAGCGCUGCGCGGGCUGUGCGUGGCCAGUUGCAGGAAGGCCACGCGCGCGUGCCGGGAGAAGGCCAAAGGGGUCUUGAGAUAUGUCAGAGAUAACAAGGGGCCGAGAUCUGGAUCCGCGGCCCCAGGGGAAGGGACGUGGGGAGCUGCGCCCAGUGGGAAGCGACACGCGCUCCCGGGUGCCCGGUCUCCGCACGCUGCCCACGGCGGGCUGCGGCCCCUUCCCCGCUGGGGCCACAUGCAGCUCCCCGUCUGCCACAAAGGAGCGCACGGUGCUGGUGAGCCUGCACACUCACUCCCACGUGAACAAGAAGGGAAGUGCGAGAGCUGUCUCCAGAAAGCCAGUGCCACUUGCACCAACAAACCGGACCGCGGUGAAUAAUCGGCCGUUUUGCGUUGGUGUUCACAUCAGGCGGCGGCGGCGGCAGUGGGGGAGGAGCGGUUGGUUCGGUAUAAAACGAGCGUCUUGUUUGGGAUAUUCCCAGGACGUCCCAGGUUUCUACACAAGCAGGCCGUGCCGCUUGCCCCUGCCCCGCACGCGGCAUUGCCCCUCGGGUCGUGGGUGGAGGGAAGAAAGGUUAAAACACCGUCCCAGGAGCCCACCCCGCUGCGCACCCCACGCGAGUUCAGUCCUGUUGCCAGAGGCCUGUGUGCUGU